CGGGUGGCUAGGGUUUCCCGUUUCCUGCCUUCACCUCUCCAGAUUUCGAGUGUGAAGAAGAAUCACUCCGAGCCAUGUCUCCGGCUAAAGUUGACACUACCAAGAAGGCCGAUCCCAAGGCCAAGGCAUUGAAGGCGGCAAAGGCUGUGAAAUCUGGCCAAACCUUCAAGAAGAAGGAUAAGAAGAUUAGGACGAAGGUCACCUUCCACAGGCCAAAGACUCUUACCAAGCCUAGAGAUCCUAAGUACCCAAGAAUCAGCGCUACUCCAAGGAACAAGUUGGAUCAUUACCAAAUCCUUAAGUACCCACUCACCACUGAAUCUGCAAUGAAGAAGAUUGAAGACAACAACACCCUUGUCUUUAUUGUUGACAUUCGUGCUGACAAAAAGAAGAUUAAGGAUGCUGUUAAGAAGAUGUAUGACAUCCAGACCAAGAAGGUCAACACCCUCAUCAGGCCUGAUGGAACUAAGAAGGCUUACGUGAGGCUUACACCUGACUAUGAUGCUUUGGAUGUUGCUAACAAGAUAGGCAUCAUCUAAGUCUAAUCUAUCUCUGCAAUUAUAAAUCAGACUUGUGUUUUUGUCUCUUGUAGUCUCAGUUUUGCUUUAAGAUAUUAUUUACCAUCAUCAUAUGGUAAUUGUAGUAUUUGGAGCGAAAACGUUUUACAAUACAUUCUUGUUGCAGUUUUUUUUUGAAAUCAAGUUCUAUGUUUUUGCUUA